AUGGCUACCCCCGUUGUUCACGAUGCUGCUUGUAUCUUCUGCAAAAUCAUUAAAGGAGAAAUUCCUUCUUUCAAGCUAGUUGAAACCCCUCUGAGCUACUCUUUUCUGGAUAUCCAGCCCACAGCUGAGGCACAUGCUCUUAUUAUUCCAAAGUAUCAUGGAGCUAAAUUACAUAAUUUACCUGAUGAGUACUUGGCCGACAUCUUGCCAGUUACCAAGAAAAUAGCUAAAGCUAUCGGCAUUGACAAUGAUGGCCCAGACGGCCCAGGUUACAAUAUCCUACAGAACAACGGUAGGAUUGCCCAUCAGGUUGUUGAUCACGUUCACUUCCACCUUAUCCCAAAGAAUGAUGAGAAGACUGGUUUAAUUGUUGGCUGGCCUUCAAUAGAUACUAACCUAGACAAGUUGGGACAACUACACAAGAAGCUUCUUGAAAACCUCGAAAAAGGAGAAGCUGCCUGA